AUGACCAACACGAGCGGCGCGGAUUCAGCGGCGCCUCGCCAGGAACACGAUACCCCCCAGCCUAUUGCCAUCAUUGGGUAUGCCUGCCGACUGCCAGGCCAAGUCACAUCUCCCUCAGACCUAUGGGAACUAUGUACUCGAGCCCGAAGUGGAUGGUCACCAAUCCCGAAGGACCGAUUCUCUGUUGACGCAUUCCACCACCCUAACCCGUCCAAGGUUGGAUGCUUCAACCCGAAGGGAGGCUACUUCCUAGACGAGGAUCUUGCCCGCUUCGAUGCGCCCUUCUUCAAUCUUUCUGUCCAGGAAGCUACUUCCAUGGACCCCCAGCAGCGCAUGUUGUUAGAAUGUUCGUACGAAGCCUUGGAGAGUGCUGGCAUUCCCAAGGAGAGACUUGCUCGUCGAAAGAUUGGUGUCUUCGCCGGAAGCAACUUUUCCGACUAUGAACUAAACAAUGUUCGUGAUAUGGAUACAAUUCCUAUGUAUCAAGCUACUGGCUGUGCGCCUUCCCUCCAAUCCAACCGCCUCUCCUACUUCUUCGAUCUCCGGGGACCAAGUAUCACAGUGGACACAGCUUGCUCUUCCUCUCUUGUUGCACUUCACUACGCAGUUCAAAGUAUGCGAAAUGGAGAGGCAGAGGAAGCUCUUGUCGUUGGUUGCCACCUCAAUCUUGUGCCCGAUCUUUUUGUCUCAACGUCCAUGUCACAGCUGCUUAAUGACGAUGGCAAAACAUUCUCCUUUGAUGAAAGAGCAAACUCCGGGUUUGCGCGAGGUGAAGGCGCUGGCGUCGUCAUCCUCAAACCUCUCGAUGCCGCCCUGCGUGACAAGGAUCCUGUCCGAGCUGUGAUUGCCAACUCAGGCGUCAACCAGGAUGGUCGCACAAAGGGCAUCACUUUGCCCAAUGGACAAGCCCAGGAGGAGCUUAUUCGACGAGUCUACAGAGACGCCAAUCUCAACCCCGAAGACUGCGGCUUCGCCGAAAUGCACGGUACCGGAACCAAGGCUGGUGACCCCAUCGAAGCUGCCGCGGUACAUGCAGCUCUCGGAGGAGGCCGAACUCCAAGAAAUCCGCUGUAUAUUGGAUCAGUCAAAUCUAAUAUUGGCCAUUUGGAAGGUGCCAGUGGUAUCAUUGCUAUUAUCAAGGCUGCCAUGAUGCUCGAAAAAGAGCUUAUGCUUCCAAAUGCUGAGUUUAAGAAGCCAAAUCCCAACAUUCCACUUAAUGAGUGGAAUAUGAAGGUUUUAACGACAACUCGACCCUGGCCUGCCCGCAAGAACUACGCGAGUGUUUCCAACUAUGGGUUCGGUGGAACCAAUGCACAUGUGGUUCUCGCAAAGGCGCCCCUUAGCUCCAAGGCGCCCGAUUCGGCCGUCGAGGAUGUCGAAGUUGAUCCGAAAGUCAAGCUGUUCUUGAUUUCCGCCAAUGAUAAGGAGUCCUUGCGAAAUAGGAUCAAGGAUUUCGGUAUUUACUUUGAACAACACCCUGAAGUAUUCGAGAAGUCUCUCUUUGCCAACUUCGCCUAUACUGUUGGAAACAAGAUGUCGCAACUGUCUUAUCGUGUCGGCAUCCCCGCCAGUUCUCUCGAUGAGCUCGGUAUUCGUCUUGCUCAGCUCAAGAUCAACCCUCUGCGCGUCCUCGGAGCCCCAAUCUACUCGUUUGUCUUCACAGGACAAGGCGCUCAAUGGGCACAGAUGGGUAUGCCACUCAUGGAAGACUACCCAAUCUUCAAGUCGGCCAUCACACGAGCCGACAAGUGCUUGAGAGACCUCGGUGCUGAUUUCUCACUUAUUGAGGAGCUGAAGAAAGACAAUGCCACUUCUGACAUCAACUCUCCUCAUCUGAGCCAGCCUGCUUGUACAGCACUUCAAAUCGCGCUUGUGGAUCUCCUGGCAUCCUGGGACAUUCACCCAUCCUCCGUUGUUGGUCACAGCUCUGGUGAGAUCAGUGCGGCAUAUGCUGCAGGUAUUUAUGAUUUGGAAGGAGCUAUGGCUUUAGCAUACCGUCGAGGCCAAAUGACCUCUUUGCUCAAGGCCAGGUUCCCAGCCCUGAAGGGUACCAUGAUUGCAGUGGGAGCUAGCCGUGAGGCUGUUCAACCUAUGCUGAAGACUCUGUCUGCAUACGCUACUGUCGCCUGUGUCAAUAGCCCUUCCAGUGUGACAGUCUCGGGAGACGAGACGGCAAUCGAUGAACUGGAACAGAUUCUACAAGAAAAUCAACUCUUCAACCGAAAGUUGAAGAUCGAUGUUGCCUACCACUCUGAUCACAUGAAGAAUGUUGCAGAGGCAUAUCUUGAGGCAAUCCAGUCCAUCCUGCCCUCCUCCACGGGAACAUCUGCCUUCUAUUCAUCGGUGUUUGGUCGUCUUGCAGAGCCGGCUGAGCUGGGCCCUGCAUACUGGGUUGCCAAUCUGACCUCCCCAGUAUUGUUCCCUGAUGCGCUGAGCAAGAUCGUGUCAGAUGAUGAGACAAGACCAAACCUGUUUGUGGAACUCGGUCCGCACUCUGCAAUGAAGGGCCCUAUCUUGGAUACACUGAAGAGUCUGGGUCCCACGGUCUCCAAAAUUGGAUACACUCCUACCAUCCUUCGCAAUGUUGAGGCGGCCGAAGCAAUUUUGUCGACUGCUGCCGCUGCUUACACGCGUGGAGCAUCUUUGAACAUGACAGAAAUCAAUUUCCCCAAGACUGGCGCGGUAAACCGCUAUUUCUUGAGCAAUCUGCCUCGUUACCCUUGGCAGCACGGUACCCGCUAUUGGCAUGAUGGUAGAAUGGCCCGGAAGCACCUCUUCAGAGACUGUGCUAGGAACGAUGUUCUGGGAGUCCUCGCGAAUUACUCGAAUGAUCUGGAGCCUACAUGGCGAAACAUCGUUCGAUUGGAUGAGAUUCCAUAUCUUCGCGACCAUAAGAUGCAGGGAAUGGCGGUUUAUCCCCUCGCGGGUUAUUUGGUAAUGGCAAUCGAGGCUGCGCGGAGACGUGCAGAGCAACUUGACCUCCAAAUCUCGCAAUUUGAGUUGCGUGAAGUCAUUGUAGGCGCAGCCCUGGUGCUCACCGACGACACGGAUGCGGAAACCACAAUCACGCUUCGACCUUACACUGAAGGCACGCGUGGAUCAUCCGAUGUCUGGGAUGAGUUCCGCGUCUGUUCGUGGACUACAAAGCGUGGAUGGACAGAGCACUGUACUGGUCAAAUACGAGUUCGUUCAGACCCAAAGCAACAGGCGGCUUCAAUCGCAAGUCCCUUCGAAACUCAGCUCAAUUACACCAAAGCUCAAAUCGCCAAGAUCCAAGCCGCUGCUACAAAUCGCACAGAGGUCCAGCACAUGUACCAGGUUCUGAGUGACCUAGGAGCCGGAUACGGGCCCAUCUUCCAGCCUCUCGAGAACUGCUAUGCAAGCCCGCAUCACUCACUCUCCGAUCUAUAUGUCAGAGACACAGCUAGUGUCAUGCCGAAGAACUUCGAGCCUUCACUCACCGUGCACCCCUCAUUCCUCGAUGGACUACUUCAUCUAGUAUGGCCAAUUCUUGGCCAGGGUCUGGGCCGCAUGGAUUUGGACACGCUUUACAUGCCAACCAUGAUCAAGCGCGUCACAGUUAAUAUCAAUGUUCCAACGAAGGCCGGUGAAUUCGCCAAAGCCUACUGCAACGGCAGCCCUAGCUUGCCUUCACCCGAGCCCACCAAGUUUGAUCUUUUCGCUACGCAGGAAGGAUCUGCCGAGCCCUUGAUCUACAUGGAGGGACUCAUUAUGACACCCCUCAGAGACGCUGACCCUCGCCGUGGGGAUGUCCGCAAGAUUUGCUACAAGCUUGACUGGCAUUCUUUGGAUAAAGUCAAUAGUCCAAGCGAGGCAGAUGAUCAGGAGCCCUCUGAGCCAGCGCAAGUGAAUGGCACCUCUCAAACAAACGGCGAUGCAGCCGCGCACGACAAGGCGGAAAGCAAUGGCCACGAGCAUGCAAGUGUGGAAGCCAUCAAAUCCAAGCGUGAUAUCAUUAUUUCCCACUUUGGUGAACCCGAUGGCAUCGCCGAUCGCCUGAGUCAGGCGCUGUCGAAGACGACGAGCUGGCAGCCUUCUGUGAACUCAUUCAGCGAGACUGACUUCAAUCACAAGCAUUUUCUUCUGCUACAAACUGGUGAUAGUUCGCUUCGCAACAUCACUGAGGAUGUCUUCGACAGUCUCAAGAAGGCCUUGCUCAAUGCUCAAACUGUGCUCUGGGUCUAUCGAACUGACUCUCCUGAUGGCCAAAUGAGUGUUGGUUUGGCACGUACUCUGCGCUCGGAGACUCUGGCUAAGAUUGCUACUGUUGGAAUCGCUGCCGCAGACCUCGGUGCCCCUGAGACGCCAAUUCAGGCAGCAAUUGACGCCUUAUGGCCGUCUGAUGGAGCCGAGCCAUCAAAAGACUUUGAAUUCAAGGCCAAAGGCUCAGAGCUGUCUGUUCAACGUCUGGUUGAGGACAAAGCUGCUAAUAGCUUUGUUCACAACGAGACAAAUGAGGUUGUCAUCUCCACCCAGCCAUUUGUUCAGCCUGGGCGGCGUUUCAAGCUUGAGAUCGGCCAUUUGGGCGCUCUGGACUCUCUUUACUUUGUUGAUGACAGUCCACCACCCUUGGGCGAGAACCAGAUCGAGCUUGAAGUCAAGGCAACCGGUCUCAAUUUCAAGGAUAUUGUGGUCACCAUGGGCCAGCUUGCCCAGCCUUAUAUUGGAAUCGAGUGCAGUGGUAUUGUCUCCAGUGUGGGCUCAAAUGUGACAGACAUCAAGGUUGGACAAAGAGUCAUGGCCUUCCCAGAAGGCAGUUUCUCGACAUAUGCUCGCUGCGCUGCCACCAGUGCCACCGAGAUUCCUGCAGAUAUGACAUUCGAGGUUGCUGCCACCGUUCCUGUCGUGUUCAGCACAGCAUACUACUCACUGUUUGACCUUGGUCAGCUUCAACCCGGCGAGCGUGUUUUGAUCCAUGCUGGUGCUGGUGGUGUCGGCCAGGCUGCUAUCAUGGUGGCUCAAAUGAUCGGUGCGGACAUUUUUGUCACGGUCGGCAGUGUCGAAAAGAAGCAAUUCCUCAUGACCCAGUACGGAAUACCAGAAGACCGUAUUUUCUACAGUCGUGAUGCUUCAUUUGCUCGCGGUAUCCGCAGAGCAACUGGCGAGGCAGGUGUGGACGUUGUGGUCAAUUCAUUGGCAGGAGAUCUCCUGCGUGAGACUUGGGAGACUCUGGCUCCAUUCGGUCGCUUCAUUGAAAUUGGAAAGGCCGAUAUCACCAAGAACACUCGUCUUGACAUGCAACCUUUUGAAUACAAUGUUACUUUCUCAUCGGUUGACAUGACCAAGGUCGCCAAGUUCAAGCCACAGCUCAUGAAGCGCCUUUUGGCAGAUGUCUCUCGAUUGCUCACUGAGGGUCACGUUCAUCCCAUCUUGCCCAUUUCAGUUUACCCUAUCUCCGACAUUGAGAAGGCGUUCCGCACCCUGCAGACGGGUAAGAGCAAGGGCAAAAUCGUUGUUGUUCCCCGUGAGGGUGACCAAGUCCAGGCUGUGGCUCCUAAGACUAGUGCGACUUUGCUUCGCUCAGAUGCGUCGUACAUUCUGAUUGGUGGCACUGGUGGCCUGGGUCGAAGCAUGGCCAAGUGGAUGGCCUUGAAGGGCGCGAAGAACAUUGUUCUCGUGUCUCGUCGAGCCGCGAUCAAUGACAAGGUGCAAGCUUUGAUUGAUAACUUGGCUCCCUUGGGAGUGAAGAUUAUCGUCAAGGCUUGUGAUGUCAGCAGCCAGCAAUCGGUCGAGAAUCUGAUUAACCAGGAGAUGAAAGAUCUUCCCCCUGUGCGAGGUGUUGUCCAGGGUGCAAUGGUUCUUCGUGAUAUGCUCUUCGAAAACAUGUCGCUUGAAGAUUUCACAGCCGUGGCUUCCAGCAAGGUUGAAGGAACCUGGAAUCUGCAUAACACUUUGAUCAAUUCUCCUCUGGACUUCUUCAUUGCACUUUCAUCUGUUGCUGGCAUUGUCGGAAACCGAGGACAGGCAGCUUACUCUGCGGCCAACGUGUUCCUGGACGGAUUCAUGGAGUAUCGCCAAUCUAUUGGUCUUCCUGGAACAUCGAUCGACCUUGCAGCAGUAAGCGACGUCGGUUAUCUAGCCGAUACCGACGCCCAACGACGACAGGAGGUGUUGAAGAAUAUCGGCAACCAGACAAUUGACGAAUCGGAAGUGCUGGCUCUCGUAGCGGCCGCCGUGACCGGUGCUCUCGAUCAAUCCUGCUCAGGACAGUGCGUCACCGGUCUGGAACUUGAGUCCCUAGAAAACAAUUUCUGGGUUCAAGACGCGAAGUUCAGUGUCCUGUUUGAGUCCGCCAAGGGCAGCUUGGGAAGCAACUCUCAGCGCGACGACCCAUCCGUCCCAUUGCAAGUAACUCUACAAGGGGCGUCUUCUAAGGAAGACGCAUUGCAAGUGUGCUACGAAGCGCUGGCCGCCAAAUUAGCUCAAGUACUUGUUCUGUCUCUGGAGGAUAUGGAUCCCUCGAUUACGGUCUCCUCGCUCGGUCUUGAUUCGCUGGUGGCUAUUGAGAUCCGGAACUGGAUUGCUCGUGAGGCUGAUGCCAACGUUCAGGUCUUGGAACUACUUUCCAGUGGUACCUUGAUGGCCCUGGCGGAGAUUAUUUUGAACAAGUCUCAGGCAUACACUCUUCCUGAGUAG